CAUCGACUGUCUGCUCUCUUUUUUCCUUCUUCCCUCAACUCCCUCUCAACCUCUUCUCGAGUUUGGUGAAGAAGAUGAUGGGUAUAUUGGACCUACGAGGGGUGCUUGUUGCCCUUCUCCUGGCAUCCUCCAUCGUGGCUCAUGGCGGCCACGAGAGUGUCCCUGAGGGUUCCGCCGUCUCCAAAGAUCCUAUUGACUCGACAUUAUGGAUUCAUAUGAUCUUGAUGGGAUUUACCUUUGGCAUCAUCUUCCCUCUGGGAAUGGUACUUGGGAUUGUUCGCUCGCGGUGGCAUGUCCCUCUUCAGAUCAUCGGCACGGUUAUCGCAGUCGUUGCAUACUUCCUAGGCCACGCUCACAAGGGCCGUCAGUUCGGAAAGAACGUGCAUGCCUCGUUCGCGAACCUGUUGAUGCUUAUGCUUGUGGUGCAAGUCGUUAUCGGUCUUUAUCUCAAGCUACAUCUCUCCAAAGGAAUCCAUGGUCGGAUCCGUCGGUUCUUCGUGGUGCUGCACGGCGUUCUCGGCAAGGCGAUGCCGAUUGUGAGCUGGACGCAGAUGCUCUUCGGCGGUAUCGCGGCGAAUGGCUUCUGCCAGGGUGAUCAUCUUGGACAAUGUCUGGCACAUUUCAUCAUGGGCAGUGCGUUCAUUGCCUAUGGUAUCAUGCUUACUAUCCUGCUGCUUGUUGGUCAGUACUGGCUGCGCCGCACCGGCCGCAGUCAAGAGUUCUUCGACUCCUUGGUCAUCGCGGCCUGGGGAUGCGUCAACACCUUUACAGAGCAUCGUUGGGGAGGACCAUGGGUACACAAUGAUCUGCAGCAUACCACUAUGGGCAUCGUCUGGUGGUGUGCCGGUCUUUUAGGUAUUUGGAUGAGCAGGAAGAGAAAUGGCCGCCCCAAGCGGAAUCUCAUCCCCGCAAUCGUUAUUCUGCUGACCGGUUAUGCGAUGUCGGCUCAUCCCCAGACCUUGAUGAUCAGCACCAUGAUUCACUCCAUUUUCGGCUACACAUUGAUGGCUGCUGGUUUUACCAGAAUCAUUGAAAUUGCCUUUGUGCUGAAGGACAAAAACACCGUGAGCCUCGACGGCUCGGACCCUAACAGCUUCCAAUAUCUGCCUCCUUUCCUCCUGUACGCAUCUGGCUUUCUGUUCAUGGGCGCAACGGAGGAGCAAAUGCAGCUGCUCCACGAUGCUGGAAUCACCCACGUGUCUUAUAUUCUGAUCCUGUACAGCAUUGCCUUCAUUCUCUUCCUCUUCGUCAAUAUCCUUCUACAUAUUUACGCUGUCCAUGCAUGGCCCGACUCCGCAAAGCUCUCUGCCCAUUCUCGGUCUUCAAGCACCACAGAUCCGGUUCAGGACUCUACCUUUAUUAACGGCCACGCCCGCUCGGCGUCCGAGACUCAGCAGGUCCAUGACGCCGAGGCGUUCGAGUUGCAGGGCCUUAUCUCCGACGAAGAAGAUGAGGACGUGCCCGGUAACCGAAACCACGUCAUGGGUCCCCGAAAAGCGGAAGACGAAGAGAGCGCCCCUUUGGUUGGAAAGGAGACGUCGUCGACCUGAUUCGCGGAAUCUUGUUCUUUCAUGACUUAUCUAUGUGUGGGCUCGCAAGAGACAAUCUGCGUUCUAAAACUACCAAAAGACCCUUACUUCAUAUUUUUCAAACUAGAGAACGACCUAUCUCACUCUGAUGACUAUGACGUGAUUGUGAGAUUCUUGGUGCUUGUUGGGAAUGGCGUUGCUGGAUUGUGUGCCCUCCUUUUCGAUACUUCCUGACUUCAUCGGCCAUUUGUUUUGGCUUGUAUAUAUACCAGAUGGAUGGAAUGACUUUACAAGAAUCAUUAAUUGGAUAAUUGAGGAGACCAAUGUUUUUCUAAUAUUUAUGUCAGCCUGUAUCAAAAAGACGACGCGGUCUAUAUUAAGAUGGUUUGGCCAGAUU